ACUUAUUGGUCUAAUUAUUAUCGUAAUAUCAACUGAAGAGGAUUUUUAUAAUAGAUCGUAGUAAUUGUGUAAUUGUUUUAUGAAACAUGAGAGGUAAAUAAAUACACUCAUGACACAACAUUGAUGGCUUCAAAGAAGGCUACAAAAAUUAGUAAAAGAAAAAAACCUUCUUCGGUAUUCGCCAACGCUAAUCUACCCUGUCAAGUUUGUGGAAUUAGUUCUAGCGGAUAUCACUACGGAGUUUUUACUUGCGAAGCUUGCAAAGUGUUCUAUAGAAGAAGCUCAUAUAAGUUCGAAACUUAUAAAUGUAGUAAUGGAAGAAAGAGUUGUAUACCGGGUACCGAUUUUUCUUUUUCAUGUAAAUAUUGUCGAUAUAAAAAGUGUUUAGAUGUUGGAAUGUCUCGGCAAAAGAUUAAAAUAGGUAGAUACUCUAAAGAAAGACUAGAUCAAAAAGAGCAACAACUCGCUGUAUUUCAUAUGAAUAAAAUUUGUGUACCUUUACAAAUUGACACAACUGAAUUUGAUGAUGUAUUUAUUCAAUGUUUAAACUUAUUGGGUUCAUUGAGAGAAAUUGAUUAUCAAAGGGAAAUAAAAAAUUUCCAUGAAUUAUUCACAUCGGCUGCUCAAGCUAUAGUAAACGGAAUUUUUACCCGGGAUGACUAUAUACUUUAUUUAGACAUAAUUGGUAUUGAAGUAGAUGAGAGGAAAAAUUUUUUAACGUGUUUUGGAAAAAUUUGGGAAUUACUUGUAAAAAAUACCAUGAUUAACAUGUUGGAACUACCUGGAUUGAAGGAUCUCAAUAGAGUUGAAUUGAUGGAUGCAAUGUAUGUAGGGGAUGAAUUUUUCCAUCUUAUUAUGUUAAUUGCUAUUAUGAGGAGUUUUGAAAGAGGAACUGUAGACGUAAGUAUAAGUGGUUACGAAAUGAGAGUCGAUAGAAAUUUUCUUAGAAAUUUAACUGAUGAUGAGUUUGCUGGCUAUACAGAAAAAUUACAUGUUGCACUUGAUGAACUAAAACCAACAUAUGAAGAGCUGAUAUUCUUAUACACUGCUAAUUUAUAUCGUCCAAGAAACAAGUUAUCAUUAUUAACUCCAUACUAUCAGCAGAUUAUUGUAGGCUUUACCAGAUAUCUUGAAAAAACAUAUGGUAACGAAUAUCCUCACCGGUUAUUGAAACUAGUAAACUUGAAGGCGUUGCUUAAAGAAAGGAAGCAUUUUAUGAGAAGCUGGAGGAGGGCUCAUAAGGAUUACAUGCGGCACGUUUACGAGAGUGAAUUUCUUCAGAUAUGGUGGUCAAGAGAUUCGGCAAGAAAGUGGAAUUAUUUGGAAAAAACAUUUUUGACACAAUGCUCAGCUUGACACACGUUUUUUAAAUGCAAUUAAAAUGAGAAACACUCUUGAAUUGACAAAUAACUUGAAUAUUUCUGGAUUAACAUAACUUGUCCCAACACAAAAUAAUACUGCAAAUUCUGCCAUACUUUUUAUUCUAAUAAAACUUUUUCUUUGCUACCGCUGAGCAAUAAUACAAUAUCAUGUAAAAUCUCUUAAUCAUUUUUAGUAGAGUAUGACAAGGCGUUGUUUGAAAUUCCCGCCUAUCACAAUUCAAAAAAUAUUUUCGUAAAAACAAAAGAGCGUG